GAUUGCCACGAGGCUAGUGGAGCAUUUUUAUAAUACUGAUCGGUAAAAAAAAUGGAAGAAGGCUUGAGUGUACUGAGGAAACAAGGAGAUCAGAUCUUUCUGAGGCUCACUAAGACGGCACUGACACUGGUGCAGAACAUACUCAACGAUCCAGGCCAGAGCAAGUACAGGAGAAUCCGUGCUGCAUCGCAAUAUGUGUCCAAGCCUGGAGUGCCAGAGUUGCUGGCUGGUCUUGGCUUUCAUCUCAAGGGUGAGGAGUAUGUGCUACCCUACUCUGUGGAGACCCUCAUCACUAAGAAGAAACAGCUGAUUGCGGCCCGCAAGGCUACAGGCUCUCUGAUUGGCUGGGACAUUCCCUCCUCUAGUAUAAAGUUUUCUAAUGUCCUGGGCAAGGGACAGUUCGGAGAUACGUUUCUGGGUCAGAUGGAGGGAGACAAAGUGGUGGUCAAGGUUCUGAGACCAGAUUGUGGGCAAGAAGCAAAGAGCGCAUUCGAUAGAGAACUGGACAUUCUGAGUAAAGUGAGCCAUCCCAACAUCCUGCCCAUGCUUGCUGUUACCCUCACUUCUGAGCCCACAUCUCUCGUUAUGGAGUAUGUAUCAGAGUGUCUUCUUGAUGUGCUUCACAAGCAGGAACUGUCAGAGACCACGAUUCUGGACUAUGCCUACCAAACUGCCUCUGCUAUGGUCUACCUACACCAGCACAACAUACUCCACUGUGACCUAGCCGCCAGGAACUUGUACCUAGGAGCAAACGGUGAAAUGAGAUUAUCCGAGUUCGGGCAUUCUCGUUGGGACGGCCCCAGCAACUGUCGUCUCCAUGACAACACCCGCCCCCUGUUAAAGGUUCGCUGGACGGCACCAGAGGUCAUUGAGAGCCUCCACUUCACAAAGCAUUCUGAAGUAUGGUCAUACGGAGUGUUCCUGUACGAGCUGGUGACUGGUGGCUCUGUGCCGUAUGCCACCUUCAGUAACAAUGAUGUGAAGUCAAAGGUGAUGGAGGGCUACCGUCUCCCCCACCCCCAGGGAUGCCCUGAGGAGCUCUACAAGGUGAUGCUCCGUUGCUGGGCACAGAGACCUACUGACAGACCUCACUUCACUGAGGUGCUUCAAGGAUGCAUCCAACCAUUGCAGGCCAAGGCUGCCAGUGGAGAUCUCAAGCCUACUGUUGCAGCUGAAGAGACCACUGGAACAGAGACCAAAUCGUCUCACAAAUCAAGCGGGAAAAAAUCAAAAGUGAAGGAGUUGUCGUAUCAGUCAGUGGUUGUGAAGGGUGGUGGUCUACUGCGGGUGUACUCUGCCCUCGUUAACCCACUGGAGCACAGAUUGGUGGUCGUGUGUGGGAAGAAGACAACAGUAGCCGAAGUGGUUGCCACGGCUCUGGCAAAAUGCGGGAAACAAGAUCUUGACCCAAAAAGUUAUCGUCUAGUUCUUGUGAGUGGUUUGUCUACGGGUACUCCUGCUCACUAUCUGGACUCGGAGGAGAGGGUGCUCUCGCUCAAGACCGAGGCCCCACCCACUGGCAUGUUCGUACUCUGUGUCAACACACCUGGAGAUGGUCUACUCGAGCUCAUAGACUCUGUCAGGCAAAAUCCUGCGUAUGGAACAGCUUUCUCCCCUGUCACUCGUGGUUACCUGGUACACAAGGAGAAAGGGGCGGGACACAGGAACUGGUGUGUCAUGGACGGAUCCACCCUCCUCUGCUACAAACAAGAAGAGGACGAGGGGGUCAAACAACUGGAGAGCUAUCACGACUUUAUGAACUGCACGGUCUCACCAACUGGAAGCAAGAAGAGACAUCUCUUUACCGUGGAGACGGCUGAUGGCACACUUCUCUCGUUUCAAGCCACGGACAAGGACAGUACACUGCAGUGGAUCGAAGCCAUCAAUGCCGCUAAGACCUUCGACCCUUCUCCCAUCCUCCUGCAGACUAGAGAUGGUGCCGUAACUCAAGCAAGCUUUGUUAAAUGCCAAGAGUUUGCCAAAGAGUCAACAGGGAAAGGACUGCUCAGUCCAAUACAACCCGUCGUGCAACACAAACUCUCCACUUGCAACGGACACACGACCGCAAGUGCAGCUGUCGAUUAUGGCAAACAAUGGACAGUACUCCGCAGUACGGGCCUCGUACAAUGUUUAGUGAACGGACGUGCAGAGACCUUGUUUAAUCUCACUGACACUUCAAGCGUAAAAGUUCACAAUCCUCGUGAAAUGAGAGAGGGCGUGGAUUACUUCAUUGAGGUGGAGAGCACAGAGAGCCGAUUUGUCCUCAAAGCUGAAACCCCAACGGAUCAUUUCGACUGGGUCCUCGUGUUAGAGACGUACCUUCGCGGUCAAAAGAGGGAGAAGAUUCUACACGACCACAGAAAGAGAGAGAGUGGCUAUGUUGCUUUCAAGAGACUCUUACUGCUCCAAUCCAACAAGGGCAGCUCAUCGCAGCUGUACUGUAUGCCCAGAGCAUUCGAUGAUAUGGAAGACAUUUAUGAUGCCCCUUUGCCGAGGAAUAUUGCGCCCCCCAGAGAGCCGAAACGUUCCGAGUUGCUACAGCCUAAACCAAUUGUUGAAGAACAAAAGAAUGCAGUCCCCCUUCCGCCAAGAGACUACAACCCACCCCCCGUGCCCCCCAGAGAUCCCUCGGGUCCUCCACUGCCCCCCAGAGUUCGCUCAAGCUCGGCCAUCACCAUCUACUCUCGUCCAACCAGUAUAUCCAGUUCUGUCGGUGCCCCAGAAGACGAUUACGUACUAAUGCAGUCCCCCAAAGGGGGGCACCCACCGACCCCUCGAUUGGGAGGUAGUCUUGGGCGAUCCCCUUCAAUGCCCAUCACCAUACCAAACAAUAGACCGUCAAAACGUUCAGUUCUUCUUCGAGCCAAUUCUGAAUCUUCCACACACAGUCACACGAGCAGUCCCUCCACACCACUGGGCACUUCUCUCAGUAACCUGCACGAAGGGUUUGAACUUGGAUCCAGCUUCACUAACAGCCGUACACGUCAAUCCUCCACUAGCUCUAUACACUCCCUACACAGACAAAACUCCUCGCAAAGCUUACACUCGUAUAGCCACUCCCACUUUCCCCCUCCAACCCCACCCCCUAGGACCCCGCCUAGGACUAUGGAAGAACGAUCCUCGGGUUACGGAUCCCCUCUCUUGGAUAUGAGCCCAUCCCCAAACAGGUCCCACCGCUAUCAGAAUGGAUCACAACGUACUCUCGUGGGUUACUGUUCCUCUGAGAGCCCCAGGGGUUAUUUGUCAGACUCCUCCCACCAGAGCCGUGCGAGUGAGACGAGUCGCAGUGAUGGUAUGGCGGUGUCCGAGGCUAAGCAGAUUGGACGCAUGAUUGAGAGCGGGCGGUCCUCUAUGGAGUCAACCGGCUAUGCCUCCAAUGGGUCCUCUACUGAAGACCUCCCUCAGCUACCCCCCGGGUGGGAGAGGGGAUACUGUGAGAACAAGUGUCGCUACUUCUACUUCAAUGCUCUGACUGGAGACAGCAAGUGGAACUUAGGGGAGGUUCUUGUCCAUUGCGGCUUAGACAAGGUUGGAGAGCCAUUGCCGGGUGUUGGGUGGGAGGUAGCUCGUACAGAAGAUGGGCGUGUCUACUAUUACCAUGACAGCUCAAGACGCUCCACCUGGAACAUUGAGGAGACUCGCAGCUAGAGCAUGUACACACACUAACUGUGAACUGUUGUUGUAUUCGUUUAUUAUGUUUAUCAAGUUUUUAUUGUUGUUUGAUAGUUGUGCACACAAACACCAUUUUUGUGUAUAUAUUUCGUGAAUUUUCUUCUUAUUAUGAAUUAUGACUGUAUUAUUAUUGCAAAA